AUGGUAUUCUUUUCACAGAAAUAUGUGUUUAUCGAUAUAAGAUGUACUCUUGAAGACUGUCAAGCUUUGGAAGCUGAGGUCACAGCAGAAGAGAUAAGCAAGGUGCUGUUCUCUAUGCCUUCCAACAAGUUUCCAAGGCCUGAUGGAUUCCCUUGUGAAUUCUUGAAGACUACCUGGCCGGUGAUUGCGCAUGACUUCACAGUUGCUGUUCAGUCUGUCUUUCGGUUGGGAUUCUUACCAAAAGGCAUCAACUCUACGAUCCUUGCUCUAGUUCCGAAGAAGACUACUUCUGCUGAGAUGAGAGAUUUUAGACCAAUUGCGUGCUGUAAUGUGCUGUACAAGGUCAUUUCAAAAAUUCUGGCAAAUAGGCUAAAGGUAUUUCUACCAAGAAUGAUCUCCGAGAACCAAUCUGCAUUUGUCAAGGGAAGACUGUUGAUGGAGAACGUCUUACUGGCUUCAGAGCUGGUCAAGGAUUACCAUAAGGACUCAGUUUCGUCGAGAUGUGUAAUGAAGAUCGACAUAUCGAAGGCUUUCGACUCUGUUCAAUGGCCAUUUCUCCUCCAAAUCCUAGUGGUGGUGGGGUUUCCAGAGAGAUUCAUCCAUUGGAUCAAGCUGUGUGUCACCACUCCAUCCUUCUCGAUGCAGGUAAAUGGUGACCUCGCAGGGCAUUUUCAAAGCUCUAGAGAUGAUCUGAUGGUGUUCGUGGAAGGUUCCAAAGAAUCGAUUGAAGGCGCUCUCACGGUGUUUAAUGAGUUCGCGGAGUGGUCGGGGCUCUGCAUUAGCCUUGAGAAGUUCACAAUCUUCAUGGCGGGAGUUACAGAGCCGGUGAAGUGUGGAAUCCUUACAAAUUUUCCUUUUAUGGAUGGUGAACUUCCUGUGCGUUACUUGGGCCUACCACUGAUGACACAGGUUAUGGGACAAAAAUAUUAUGUCCCUCUCAUCGAGAAGAUUCGAGGUAGAAUAAACACUUGGACUAGCCGCUUCCUCUCCUAUGCCGGAAGGUUGCAACUGAUAAAAUCCGUGCUUAUGAGUAUAGUCAACUUCUGGGCCACUGCAUUCAGACUUCCAAGCAAAUGUCUGAAUGAAAUAGAACGACUCUGCUCUGCAUUCCUAUGGACCGGUCCGGAGCUCAAGUCCACAGGCGCAAAAGUGGCUUGGAAAGAGAUCUGUUGGACCAAGAGGAAAUCCCUUUGGGGGGACUGGAUAAAGCACAAUUUGUUUAGAAAGAGAAGUUUCUGGGAAGUGAAUGGAAAGACUCAAGCAGGGUCUUGGAUGUGGAGGAAAAUGCUCAAGGUACGGGAUGUAGCUAAGUCUUUCUACAUGAAGGCUGUAGGCAAUGGAAGACACAUUUCGUUUUGGUACGAUCGCUGGUCUGACCUAGGAGUACUAAUGGAUGUUCUGAGCGAGAGAGGUUUAAUAGAUUUGGGUAUUAGAAGAGAUGCCACUGUGGAAGAUGUCCUUCAGACUUCUCGAAGAAGAAUGAGGCAUCGCUCGAGCUUGCUGAAAGAUAUUGAAAGGGCCCUUGACUCCUUUAGAGACCAACUAAACACAGCUGAAGAUGAUGUUGACAUGUGGAGACGAUUAUCUGGCUACAAACUAAAAUUUUCUACUCAUGAGACUUGGUUGCUUCUUCGCGAGGCGAAGCCGCAGUGCCCAUGGUCGAAAGAAAUCCAAACCCACGUACUUGGAUACCUUUUUCUUCUUGGUUUCUUAGGGUUUCAUCUAUCUAAUAUUUUUUGGGAGUUGAAAAUGAAUUUUGUCAAGAAAAUUGAAGCGGAGUACUGUUUCAUGAGUUUUGCUUCGAUUUUGUUGAAGAGACCUGCUUCAUGGCUCUCUCUUCUUGCUCCUCCGUUUCUUCACGUUCUUGGACUUCGCUUCUUACACCUCCUCCUCACUUCAGCUGCUUUGUUCUUCUCCUCUUUUUUCUUCCCAAUCUCACUUCUUCCUUCUUCAAUCCAAUCAUCAAAACUACAUCAAAAAGAAGACUGUGUUGCCACUGAAAAUAUCAUCGAAGAAAAACCGGAGAAAAACUUUGAAAUAGGUAAUGGAAUGGAUGAAGAUGGUGCAAUCCCUGAUGAUGAGAGCCUUAUAGAGCUGUGUUUACCUAGUGGUCACUACGUUGGUCACCACAAUACUAGUAAGAAGAACAAUCUCUAUAUAAACAACAAACUCCAAGAUGUUAGGCUCUUUGAUAUAUUCGCAGAGUUCAACGGUUUCAUCGAAGAAGAUAAUCUUAUCGAGAUCGAUAUCUCUAUCGGAUGCAUCAAGUAUUCAAGGUUUGAGAUCAAAGUUUGAUGUAUUUACACUCAAUGCUUUCUAUACUAUUUUUUUUCCUCGGGUGGGAAUUUCGUAUUGUACUACAUUAUUAUCUGAAUAAAUAUCGUGGUGUAAAUUAUAGUACUUUUUGCACUUCAUUGU